AUGCUCACCACCGUUCUCUCCAAUAAUUCUCAUCUCUUCCCACAUACUUUCUUCCUGGCUGGCAUCCCAGGACUGACUGCCGCCCACAUUUGGAUCUCACUUCCCUUUUGCUUCAUGUUCUUUCUGGCAGUGACUGGGAAUGGUGUCUUGCUUUUCCUUAUCCGGACAGAACGCAACCUUCACCACCCCAUGUUUUUCUUUCUUGCCAUGCUCUCCUUUGUCGACCUGAUUCUCUCCCUCUCCACUCUGCCCAAGAUGCUGGCCAUUUUCUGGUUUGGUGCUACAGCCAUCAGCUCCCAUUCCUGUCUUUCCCAGAUGUUCUUUAUCCAUGCAUUCUCUGCCAUGGAAUCAGGAGUGCUGGUGGCCAUGGCUCUGGACCGCUUUGUGGCCAUCUGUAACCCACUGCGUUAUGCAACCAUUCUUACCCCAGUUGUAGUCACCAAGAUUGGAGGCCUGGUGGUGCUGCGAGGUGUGGUGUUGACCAUCUCCUUUCCAAGCUUGGCCCAUCGGCUGUCCUACUGUGGCUCCCACACGAUUGCCUAUACCUACUGUGAGCACAUGGCGGUGGUGAAGCUGGCCUGUGGGGCCACCACAGUGGAUAACUUCUAUGCUUUUGCUGUGGCAAUCUUUCUCGGUGUGGGAGAUAUGGCCUUUAUUGCCUACUCCUAUGGGCAUAUUGUGAGGACCAUAAUUCAUUUUCCUUCAUCUGAGGCACGUGCUAAAGCAGGUAGCACAUGUACGGCUCAUGUCUGUGUCAUCCUCUUCUUUUAUGGACCAGGCUUUCUUUCUGUUGUCAUGCAGCGCUUUGGCCCACCCACAGCCUCUGCUGCCAAGGUCAUCCUUGCCAAUCUCUACUUGCUCCUUCCCCCAGCAUUGGACCCCAUUGUCUAUGGGGUCAAGACCAAGCAGAUCCGGGAGCAGUUGUUUAAAAUUAUAAGCCUCAAGCGGAUUGAUCCCACCUGA